ACUCACUUCUGGGUCCUUUCUUCACCACUUGGAAGCAAGAUGGCCAUGUGGACACUUCAAAGUCUCCUUCUCUGGGAAGUGUUGCUCCCAGCUGUCUGGGCCCAGGUGCAGGGGCGCGUGGGGGGUUCCGUGUUGCUGGAGGCAGAGGUGCCCCCUGAUUUCCAAGUCCGUGAUGCCAUCUGGAGGUCCCUGUGGCCCUCAGAGAAGCUUGUAGCCACGUUCUUCCAUGGGGCACCAGAGAUUCUAUACGACUCUCGAUUCCUGGGCAGGACCCUAUUACACAGCAACCUCAGCCUGGAGAUCCAGCCACUAGAGCCAGGGGACAGCGGUAACUUCUCAGUACUGCUGGCGGAUGUCAGGGGCCAGACCAAAAGCCAGACCCUGCAGCUCACCGUGUAUGAAGCCGUUUCGAGACCCACAGUGCAAGUUUUCAUUGCUGUAUCAGAUGGCAUCCAGCCACCCAGGACCUGCCAAGUCUUCCUAUCCUGUGUGGUUCCCAAUAGCAGUGAAGUGACCUAUAGCUGGCAGCGGAAGGGUGCAGCUGAGCUUGGGAACCCCCAACAGGGUCUUUUCACUGAUAAUCAAGUGCUGAGGAUCACCCUGGGGCCAGGAGAUGAGGAUGCUGUCUACUCCUGCAUUGUGUCCAACCCUGUCAGCUGGGAUGCAGUGGCUGUCACCCCCUGGGAAAGCUGCCUCCAGAAUACUGAGCCAGGGAAGAAAUCCUACAAAGAUAUCCUGCUAGUGGCAGUGCCCAUCUCCCUGCUCUUGCUGCUGGCUGGGAUCCUCUCCAUAUGGCACUGUGCCCUCUGCUCAGGGAAAAAAAGAAGAAACAGUACUUCUAACAGUGUGACCACAGAGACAGAGACACCUUCAGUGUAGGUGGACUGCCAAAAGCACUUGUGAUAACACCAAGCUAAGGCUGCUGGGAUUGUGCUUAGAGUGCCCACUUGGUCCAAGACGCCUGAGGCAUGGUCUGGUGCAUAUAAACCACCCCCAGUACCUUCACCUCUCACAAGAAUCUCUUUCAGUUCCUGGGAUACUGGUAUGAGAGGCUCAUUCUAUAGCCUCUGGACUCCUUCAAGACAUUGGCCAAUGGAGCAGGAUCUCAAAGAAGAAAGGUCUUCCUUCCCAGUGGUUCAGCACCAUCAAUGCCUUCCUCUUUAGCACUGUAAGGAGAAAGUUCAGGGAGAAGUCCUUGGAAGGAUCAGAAAGUUUUGUAGAAAUAUGUUCCAGCAUAUGUGACUGUAGGAACCAAGGGCCAUAUGAACAUUUCUGUCUGAAACAUGGCCAAUGUUCAUUAUAGAAUUAACUGCCUUGAUGCCAACAAAAAAGACAUCUCCAGGGCAUUCUACUACAGUGUCUGAUACACAAAAGGGGCUUAUUAAAUGUUUGUAGAUUGAUUAUUUACACAGAGUCCCAAAGGUCCUGGAAAAUAUUAGACAGGGCUUCCAAAAGCAAAGGUUGUAAAGCCAAUAUGCAUUGAAUAAAAAGAGAAACUAUGA